CCUAAUAAGGAUUUAAUGGAAACCAAUCCAAGAAAACUUAGAGCCUUUUGUUUCAUUUGGCUAAUAGUAUGUAUAUUUGUAUUGCUUGUUUGUGUAAUACUCUCCAGAGCAGAAGAAAAAGACGAAAACAAUGAUGAUCAUAUGCCAAGGAUUUACUCUGUCUUGGUUGAAGGAGAACCUUUGGCCUUUCGCGCUGCUGCUAACAUCAACAGCAAAGUUAUGGCAGCCGAAGAAAAGAAGCUAGAAGAGAUUCACGUAAAAAUACUGGGAAACACACUUGAAAAUGGAAGUUAUACAAAGCUUUAUAGCUUCAAACAUAUCAUCAAUGCUUUCGCAGUCCGUACAACUCCUUCUCAGGCCAAGAAACUGAAGAAAGCAAAAGGAGUGAAGGCAGUGGAAGAAGACAAAGGAGUAAAACUAAUGACAACAUACACUCCCGAUUUCUUGGAACUUCCUCAACAAGUCUGGCCAAAAAUCUCCAGCGACGGAGACAAACUUGCCGGAGAAGACAUCGUAAUCGGUUUCGUGGACACCGGAAUUAACCCUACUCAUCCGAGCUUUGCCGCACUCGAUCUCACCAACCCUUUCUCAACGAAUCUCUCACGUUUAAAUUUCUCCGGCGACUGUGAGACCGGUCCUCUCUUCCCCGCAGGGUCUUGUAACGGAAAAAUCAUCUCCGCUAGGUUCUUUUCCGCCGGAGCUCGAGCUUCCGUUGCUCUCAACGGCUCUUUGGAUAUACUCUCUCCCUUCGAUGCCUCCGGUCACGGAAGCCAUGUGGCGUCCAUCGCAGCCGGAAACGCUGGAGUUCCGGUGAUGGUCGACGGAUUCUUUUACGGACGGGCCAGUGGUAUGGCCCCACGCGCACGAAUAGCAGUUUACAAGGCGAUUUAUCCAUCAAUCGGUACUCUUGUUGACGUAAUUGCAGCCAUCGACCAAGCAAUAAUAGACGGUGUAGAUGUGCUGACACUGUCGGUGGGGCCGGACGAACCGCCGAUUGGUAAACCGACAGUGCUAGGGAUUUUCGACCUUGCAAUGCUAUUGGCUAGAAAAGCAGGGGUCUUUGUGGUUCAAGCCGCAGGGAAUCAUGGUCCAUCACCGGCUUCUGUCCUGUCUUAUAGUCCAUGGGUUGUUGGUGUCGCCGCUGGAAACACGGACCGGUCUUACCCUGCUUCCCUUAUACUCGACGGUGGCCAGAUUGUUCAGGGCGUUGGUCUAUCAGGUCCAACUUUUGGAGGUCCUUUACUUCAACACAGGUUAGUCUUAGCCAAAGAUGCAGUUAGAACAAACGGCUCGGUUCUACAAACCCUAACCGGAGACAUCGAAGAAUGCCAACGGCCAGAGAAUUUUGAUCCGGCGGUGGUUUUUGGAAGUAUUGUGAUCUGUACGUUCUCUGACGGAUUCUACAAUCAGAGAUCGACCGUCCAAGCCAUUAUUCAAACCGCAAGGACUCUUCAGUUCACAGGUUUCAUACUCAUUGCUAACCCAAGAUUUGGCGACUAUGUUGCAGAACCGGUUAUAUUUUCGGCUCCUGGCAUUCUAAUCCCAAAAGUACUAGAUUCACAGAUUAUUUUGAGGUAUUACGAAGAGAAAACCUACAGAGACAAGAGAGGAAUAGUGACGCAGUUCAGUGCACGAGCCAGAAUCAGCGAAGGCCGAAACUCGGUCUUGGCGGGAGAAGCACCGGUGGUGAGUAGAUUCUCGUCGAGAGGGCCGGCUUUUAUCAAUGCAAAUCGGAAUCCUUUAGAUGUCCUUAAGCCAGAUAUUCUUGCACCUGGUCACCAAAUUUGGGGAGCAUGGAGCCUUCUUAGUGCAUUUGAUCCUAUUCUCACAGGAAGGAGUUUUGCCAUGUUGUCGGGAACUAGUAUGGCAGCUCCUCAUAUAGCUGGGAUCAGCGCGUUAAUAAAGCAACUUAAUCCUUCUUGGACUCCAGCAAUGAUUGCGUCGGCCAUCUCCACCACAGCCACCGGAUUUGAUAGUUCUGGUGAAGUUAUAUCUGCGGAGACUUAUGGAAUUGGCAUAUUGGUUCCGUCUAAUCAUUUCGAUCAUGGUGCUGGCCAUGUUAAUCCCGCUAGAGCCAUAGAUCCAGGGCUGGUUUUACCCACAGGUUUCGAAGACUACAUCAGUUUCUUGUGUUCACUGCCAAACAUUAACCCGACCACAAUUCGAGCGGCCACCGGAGUCUGGUGCACCACUGUGCUUAGCCACCCCGCGAACCUUAACCAUCCAUCAGUGACUAUAUCUGCACUUAAAGAGUCACUUGUGGUGAGAAGAAGUUUCCAAAACGUCUCCAACAAGACCGAGACAUAUCUUGGUUCGGUUAUACCUCCCAAUGGUACAGCCGUACGGUUGAUCCCAUCUUGGUUUACUAUACAGGCACAGAGAAUCCAAGAGCUGGACAUCGAGUUCAAUGUCACACAAGUCGUAAACCAGUUUACAUUUGGUGAAAUCGUUCUUACUGGAAGCUUAAACCAUAUAGUAAGAAUACCGUUGUCGGUUAAGACCAUACCGUUUUAAAAAGUAUAGCUCUUUUUGUUUUAAUUUCAUUAGUUCUCAUUAAAAAAAAUUUAUGGGUAUUAUAUCGGAUUUGAUUUCACAUACAUUGUUCUUG